AUUAUUUUAAAAGUUCUUCCAGUCCGGAUUUUUGAGCUAGAGAAUAUUAUAGCGAGCUGAAGAGAGACCUUCGAAGGUCCAUCAAUGGCGGAAAUCUCUGAAACCAUGGGAACUGAAUUGUCGCCAUCAGAAGAAGAUAGAAAGGAGAACUCGGAGACAUUGAUAUUCGACCAUAAAACCAUGCGAAAGACAAAACCUGGAUUGAAGCGUCUCGCACUAACCCUAUCUGUUUUCUUCUCCUUCCUGUUGGGUUUACCAUGUGUUCGUAAAUCUCGAUCACAGUACUCCAUCUCAGUGAGUUUAGACUCCGGCAACGAUUGUGUACAAUAUGGCGACGUUGAUCGAGAGAGGGCAUGGAGAUGUGGAGCACUAAGCAAGUUGAAUCAUGAUGAGACCUUGAAGAACGAAGACAAUUUUGAUGAUUAUUUGGAAUCUGUUGUAGGAAGGAACAGGGUUUACACUGUUGUAGUUGUGAAUACUGGUGAAGGGGAUAGGAUUAGAUCAGUGGUGGGGAAGUAUCGACAUGCUUGGAUUGUAGGUAGGGUUUCAGAGAUGAAUGUGCUCGCAGAGAAAGUAGCUGAAAUUUUCAUCAAGAUAUUUGUGAGUGGUCUGAAAGAAGAAGAGAGUAUCCAAGGGGAGUUUAUGCCUGCUGGUGCUGAUGGGAAAAUUGUGCUUUCUUUCAAUUUGUUGAAUGCUGAUCCAAGCGAUUGGAUUUAUGAUUGGGAUUUUCAGGAGGUAGAUGAGAAACUUUUAGCCCCUACACUUGAAGCAUUGGGCCCUAUAGCAAAUAUAAGUGUGGAAAGUCAGGUUCUGUAUCACACUCCAAAAUCUUCAUAUUCUUAUUGGGAUGCUGAACAAGAGAGUCAUGUCUUUAGCACCAAAGAUCUCCCAUUCUUUGUGAAUUCAAAUGAAUGGCAUCUGGAUACUUCCAUUGCAGCUGGUGGGAGGUCAAAGAUUUUGCAAUUUGUGGUAUAUAUACCAUCUGCCAAUGAAUGCCCACUCAGGUUACAGCUUCCAAAUGGAGAGAUUUCAGUGACAAAUGGCUUUAUAUCUCCGACAUGGGGUGGUAUUGUAAUUUUGAAUCCUCCCAACUGCUUGGAAAAUACCAAUAGCAUGCACCCUCUCAUACAUAAAAUUUCUCCCCAGGAAGUUAACCAAAUAUUUGAAGUUUUCAUGGGACAGCUUCGACAAUUAUUUGGUUUAAAAUCAAGUGGUUUCCACAAGGGUACAUCAGGAACAUCUCUUCUUUUAGCCAGUGAGAGAGGCUUUACAGAAUGGGAACUAGAUGUGUUGGCUCGUCAACAUGCAUGCUAUAAUCUUCGCCAAUGUGGCGCAACACUCGGGUCACUUUCAAGAUUGGUGCAAUCACUACCAAGAAUGAUCAUCAAGGAUGAGAUUGGAAAACAGGUGAAGUUUUCUCUCGAGGCUGCAAAGUUAGCUCAGAGUAAUGCAUCACAAGGCAUUUAUGAUGCUUCAGCUGUUUACUCGAGGCAUGCAAGAUCAUUGGCUGAGGAUGCCUUCUUUCAUCCAUCUGUAAUGUCUGUCAGUUACUACUCAUUUGAGCACAACUUUGCUGUCUAUUCGCCUUUCUUUCUGCCACUUUCGCUACAUGUGAUUCUUGCGGUUGUGAGGGAGUUGAAAAGAUACAAACAAGAAACCCGAAAGUAUACAGCUUGGAAAGCUGCAAGAAAACCAGAGUUCUGAAGAUGUAGACCAAUUACCUCUUGUAUUCCAAAUGUUUUUUUUAUACAAAUCCGGGCUUUAAUUAGAUUUCAUACGGAUUAAUGUAGUUUGUUCAUUCUUUAGCAAGUGUUCUAAGAUGGUUUGUGAUUAAGUAUUUUGAGGUUUUGCAAUUCCUAUUUCUCUCAUUUGUUAUUUUGUUCAUG